GCAAAUCGCACUUAGUUGUGCUGAUAACGCGUAACGAAUUGGAUCAGUGCGGUUACAUGAGUUAUAUUGUUUUGCGUGUGCGACAGAAUAUACGUACGACGAAAUUCGCGAAUAAAAAACUUUCAACGAAGUGUAAAUAUCCGUUUGUUUGUGCAGCGAGUGGCCCUUAAUUUUUCAAAUAUUAAUUUUUUGCACUGUGAAAAUCUUCAUUUGCGAUCAUUUGCGUUAGCGUUGCUACUGAUGAGUACAUGCAUAUAUAUGUAGAUAAUCAUACAUAGUACAUAUGUAUGUACAUAUAUGUACCAUGUGUAGGUGGGUUGUAUAUCUCACUAAAAUUUUGUUUUUUUUUGCACUGCUGAUUCGCCGCUCGGUAAAUGCCUGGCCGCUACUAGGUACUUUUGAAAUAUAGAUAAUGCUCGUGUCUUCGAAUUUUUAUGAGGAAAACAACAACUAACUUGCCUACCGGUGUAUAACUAUAUAUGUGCAUAUGUAUGUAUAUAUGUAUGCUGAUAGAAUGAGCUUCGUAGUGUAACGCGAUUUGUGCAAUUUGAACCGUUACCCUGUUAUUGUGCUCGUCGCUUCUGAAUAAUUUUGAACUUGUACAUACAUGUGUAUCCGCUUCUUUAAGAAGGCGACUUUGCAAAUAUUAAAAAUAUGUAUAGAAUUACUUUUAUUUUUAUUUAAUAUGAGAACGUGAUAUCGUGUAUUCGGCUUCGAUAUAUGUACUUAGCUGACAUUCCCCACGGAUUUCGAUUUAUUCUGCUGAGUGCGGCAUCUGAAAUCUACGCGCAUUUAGCCAUUAAAAAAUAAUACAAAUCAUCAAAUGUACAAAAAAUGCCAUGGAGCUUUCGAAAAUUCAACAAAGUAUUACAAAGAGAAUUAAUCGAGAAGAACAAAUCCGAUCUUGAAUGCAAGAAACUAGAAGGAAGCGCAAGAUCCAGAUUAACACUUAAAAGUAAAUGUUGCCAUUGUGAAAGUAUAAAGGGAAAUCGAAAAUUGAAUAUUAGCAGUAGGGAAUUUUUUGGAGGCAGCAAAUGUACUUCGGUGGAAGCAACCGGAAUUUAGAGUAGCAACGCAGUCAGGUGAAAAUUUGUGUGGCAAAGAAAAAAGUUGCACAACUGUAGAUUGUUGCUUUUGUAUAAAAUAAAAUCGAGUGGCUUCGAAAAAGUACUGCACUGAAAAGAUUGAAAUGUGAAAGAGUAGGGGCACCGAUAGGCGGCAGCAAGUGCAAGGACAGCAAAUGUAGCGAACUGGCAAAGUAGCAACGUAGCGACGGCGAAACCUUAGCCGCAAAACGAAUUCUAAAAGAAACUGCGACAGCACGUCACAAUUCCGCUGUAAUAGAAAAAGUUUCACAGCAUUUUUCCACACUUUUUUAAUUUUUGUGCAUGUUUUUGUAUUUUAAAGUGGAGAACAUACUCCUCACGCACACCUACAUAUGUAUAUACAUACAUACAUACAUAUGUAUGCAUGUACGAGCAAAGAAAGGCGCAUAGAAUUGACAGCUAAAAAGCUUUAGACGUGAACUAUGCAUUAUUUUCCUGUGGUCGGUCAACGCUAAGCUCGUGCCAUGUUCCGAACCAAGUGCAUAAAAUCGUAUUUUUUUUUUUGUAUAAAUUCCUAAGUGUGUUGUGAAAGAUAUAAAAACUUCUAAAAAUGAAAACACAUAAAUUAUGGAUACCAUGCUCCAUGGGAGUUCAGUUGGCGAGAAGAUGUACAACAACUCAAUCAACUUGGCGUAAAUAUUUGCUGAUUGCCGCCAUAUUUUUCUUUAUACCAGACACCAGCACAGCGUUGAGCAACGUGAGCGUCUCUAUACCGUCAGCCGUUAAACGUGGCGAUAAUGCUAUCUUAAUCUGCAAUUACAACCUGGAAUAUGACAAUCUAUACACUGUUAAAUGGUAUCGCGGACGACGCGAAUUUUAUCGCUACACGCCGAAAGAGAAUCCGGCAUUGAAGAUUUUCCCUGCUAGCGGCGGAUAUACAGUGGAUAUGUCUGAAUCGAAUGCUACUCACGUCUUCAUCCGUAAUCCUACAUCUGGUAAAUAUAGCUGCGAGGUUUCAGCCGAUGCUCCAUCUUUUGAUACAUUCUUUGUGUCCGGCGAGAUGGAAGUUGUAGAACUGCCCACACAACGUCCCGUCGUAACAGGUAUUCAUUCACGCUAUCGCCUUGGGGACAUUAUCAACGGCAACUGCUCGUCGGAUUUCUCCAAGCCAGCAGCGAACUUGACAUGGUGGAUCAAUGAUAUACAGGCGCCACCUCAUGCUACACGCACAUUUGGCAUUCAGCGUCACUUUGCAGAAAAUCUCGAAUCCGCUGUGCUGGAGAUCAAUUUCAUUGUCACACUGCAGCACUUCAUCAAGGGCCGACUAAAGCUCAAGUGCUCCGCCCGCAUUUAUGACAUUUAUGUACAAGAAGCUGAAAAGCUUAUCGAAGAAGAUCGUCCACGUAUAUUGGCCUCGGGUCGUUCACCCGAACUGAAUAUGUACCCAUUUGAUCACUUGCCAGAUGCGGAAGGCUUCGAUGAACAUAACGAGUUAUAUUUGACGCAUUAUACAAACUACCCAUCGGCCGCAACAGCAAAGACGAAGCUAGUGCGUGAAUCGCAACUACUUUCCACUGCCGCUUUUUUACUUAUCACCGCAAUCAACAGCCUUUUGGCGCCCACAAUAGAAGCAAUUAUGCAAGUAGGCGAUGGAAGUCAUCCAGAGACUGCAACCGAACGAGGAAAAAAUGCCACCGAAAAUCAAAUUAUUUGUCAGCACUGCCCAGAAAACGCAGAUGGAGAGCGAGAGCGAAUCAUAAAUAGUUCUAGCGAAGAGAGUGCAAUAGUAAUGGAUGGGUUGAUGCACAGAACGCGGUGAUAAGCUGCAAUUGAGUGAAUUAAAAUUAUUAAUUAUAUUAUAUACAACAAAAAAAAGUAUGAAUAAAGCGAAUUCAAAAAUUAA